AUGUCUUUCAGGCACCCGUACCCCAAUGUGUACAAGUUCUGCAACCAGUUCGCAGCAGCCGACCAGCCUUCGCCCGAGCACUCCUCCCGGAGCCAGGGCCUGAGGAAGAGCGGGCCGCGGAGCAAGACGGGCUGUUCCACAUGCAAACAACGCCGAGUCAAAUGCGACGAGGCAAAACCCGGAUGCGUCCGCUGCCAGAACCUCAGCCGCCCCUGUGGUGGCUACGUCCCCGAAACCUCAACGACUGAUACCCCCGUCCAAGAACCCCCCAUUGCAAUCCAUUCUCGCCCGUUCCUACUGCUAGGGAAAACCUACUCUCUCUCUUCGGCCAUCCCCGGAACUGCGGACGAACGCCGUUAUUUCCACCGCUUCUGCGACAAGACGGCACUUGAGAUAGCUGGAUCCUUCGAUCCGACCUUCUGGACCGAAAAGGUGCUGCAACUAUGCCAUUCAGAUGCGCCCAUCCGCCAUGCAGCCAUAGCUUUAGGCGCCCUGGCCGAGAGCCUCGAGGUGACGAGUUUGCCAACCAGACUGAGUCUGAGUGGAUUCCCGCAGACCGACCAGCAUUGCCUGGAUGAGCACCACAAAUACGCCUUGCGCCAGUACUCCAAGUCCAUCUCAGCCCUCCGGAUCAUCCUCGCAGAUGGCCGGCGCCACCUGAGGACCAGUUUGACGAGUUGUGUGCUAUUCAUGACCUUCGAGGCCAUGCAGGGCUGCUACGAAGGCGCACUCACACACCUCCGCGGCGGGUCGCGACUGCUAGCCGACUGGCGAACUGCCCGUCGCGGCCAGUCUUCUCGUCUAUCACAAGACUCACUAUCAGAGAUCCAGGACGGUCUCAUCGACGACCUGGGCCGCAUGUUCGCUCGUCUCGAUGUCCAAGGUCUCUUUGUGCCCCCUCCCUUCCCUAUGCCCGAGUCCGACUGGGAAGACGUGAUCAUCUCGGACUCCUUCUCCAACGUCGAGGAGUCCCGCGAGAGUUUCGACUUCCUGAUGCAAGGUAUCGGCCAAUUCUACCGUAAAUCCGUCGCCCAUGCCCAAACGGACCCAGAGCGCUUGCGGACAGAGGGGUGGGUGCAGCAGUACAACCACUACAGCACGCAGCUCGACCAGUGGCGCGCUAGCUUCCAGGCGGCAUUUGCAAAAGAGGUCAGGAACGGGGGGUGCAGGGCCGAGAGCGUGGAUGUGCUGAGUAUCUAUUUCAAUGUCGCAACGGUAUUAUUAGCGAGUAGCCUGGAGCACGAGGAGAGUCUGUAUGACGAAUACACGGAACUGUUCCAAGAGAUUGUUACCAAAGCGCGCACGCUACUCAGCACCCCGGUAUCUUCAUCAAGCUCAACGCCUCCAAGUUCAACGUCUCCAAGCUCUUCAUGCAGGUUCACGCUGGACAUAGGCACUAUCCUCCCGCUCCUCGUCACCGCCACCAAGUGCCGGGAUCGGAAAGUGCGACGGCAAGCGAUUGCGUUGCUGUGGAGUGAAGCACGCAGAGAAGGCCUGUGCUACGAUACCAUCACAGUGGCGCGAUUGUGUGCGUGGCUCGCAAGCAUCGAAGGGGAGGGCAUCACAGACGACGAGGUCCGCAUCGAGGAGAACAAGCGGUACCUGGUCAGCUACCUGCAUCUCAGCUCCGAGGAACGCUGGCUCGCCGUGCAGCUAACCAGCGCCGUCGCAAAUACCAGCGGGAAUCACACGCACAAGGAGACGACAUUCUCGUGGUAA